AUGGACAAUUAUGAUGAGGCGAGCGCGUCAUCGGAAAGCCAGAGCCUUCUGGACACCGCGUCGCAGUUGGAAAAUAAGAGUGUUCUCAAAGAAGCAGAGAAUAUUAUGACUGAUGGACCCUUGAAGGCUUCCGAAAACAGGGAACAUCAGCAAGUCAUACUGGACGAAGUGGACGUUGAAUAUAGUCCCAAAAAGUCAUCGCAUCCAAUUGAAAUUGUCGUCCGCCACAAUAAGGUGGUGGAACAACCAACAGAAGAUAGCGACGAAGGCGAGGAGAACCCACCAGCUCAGUCGAAGAGGCUGUCAACCGUGCAUGAAGGCAAACAAAGCGACUCUCCAAAAGCUUGUUCGUCUUCGGCGAUUAAGGGAACCACUGAAAAAUGGACUCGUGGGCACCGUCGUGCUUGGAGUAUGCCCAACGCUAAGGGUGAAAAGAUGACGCUUUCUAUAAUUCAGGACAAGGAAACAAUGGUUGAAAUCAAUGAAGAAGAAGUUGUGGUGCCUGGUGAAUCUGGCAAAGGAGCAAGGACGAUCAUUAAGAGGUUUUGGGAAGCGAGAUGGAAAGCUACAAAUUUUGAAUAUCUUCCGGAGUGGUUGCAAGACAACGAAUACUUGAGAACAGGUCACCGUCCACCGCUUCCUUCGUUUAGCAGUUGCUUCAAGAGCAUCUUCGCUCUUCAUACAGAGACUGGCAACAUCUGGACUCAUAUGUAUGGUUGUGUGGCUUUCAUUGGUGUUGCUUUGUGGUUUCUCACUCGCCCAGCAUCACAAAUUCAGUUCAUGGACAAAGUGGUUUUCUCUACUUACUUUUUGGGGGCCAUAUUGUGUCUCGGCAUGUCGUUCAUAUUCCACACAGUCGCUUGUCAUUCGGAUACCGUUGGGAAGCUAUUUAGCAAACUGGACUAUGCUGGAAUCGCGCUAUUAAUUGUUGGAUCGUUCAUACCAUGGCUUUAUUAUGCGUUUUACUGCCGCCCGCAGCCCAUGGUGAUUUAUAUCACAAUGAUCAGCGUGUUGGGACUGCUAGCAAUGAUUGUCUCAUUAUGGGACAAAUUUGCGCAACCAGCAUUCAGACCAGUACGAGCGACCAUCUUCGUUGCUAUGGGACUUUCAGCGGUGUUCCCCGCUGCUCAUUUGCUAUUUGUUGAUGGACUGGAAUUUCUUUACCAAAAGGCAUCGUUAGUGUGGAUGCUUCUCAUGGGUUUCAUGUACAUCGCCGGCGCCGCGAUUUAUGCCACAAGAAUUCCCGAACGAUGGUUCCCUGGAAGGUGCGACUUAUGGUUCCAAUCUCAUCAGCUGUUUCAUACGUUUGUUGUUAUUGCGGCAUUCAUCCAUUUCCAUUCCAUAACUGAAAUGGCCGAGAAGAAAUUGAUGGAGGGAUCGUGCGCUGAGCAGCUGUUAGAGAGGUACGGAGUCGAGUCUAAUCCCUCUUUGCUCGGUGGGUGGUUAGGCCUAGACGAGGACCCAAAUAUAAUCUCUUGGAGUGGUGUUCGUUACUGA